AUGGCGGCGAUCGGGAUGCCGCCGCACAUCCUGGCGCUGUUCCAGGCGCGGGAGCCGCUGGCGCCGCUGCCGGCGCUGAAGGCGAAGCAGCCGCGGCCGUACGCAGGCGUGGCGGAGUACCUGAAGAAGUUCGAGAGCGGCCCGCCGCCCGCCGCGAGCGCGUUCGAAAGCCCGAAGCAGCGGCAGCAGCGGCUGAAGCGGCAAAAGCUGCUGCUGCACCUGCAGCAGCAGCAGCGGCAAGCCGAAGCCUACCGCCCCCUCGAAGACCCCCGCAUCCAGGGCGACCCCUUCGCCACGCUCUUCGUCGGCAAACUCAGCUACGAAACCUCCGAAAAAAAACUCCGCCGCGAGUUCGAAGUCUACGGCCCCGUCCGCCGCGUCCGCGUCGUCCGCGACCCCCGCGGCCGCCCCCGCGGCUACGCCUUCGUCGAGUUCGAGCGCGACCGCGACAUGAAGGAGGCUUACAAGAAGGCCGACGGCACGAAGAUCGACGGCCGCCGGGUGCUCGUCGACGUCGAGCGCGCGCGCACAGUGCCGGGUUGGUUGCCGCGGCGUUUGGGCGGCGGCCGGGGGCCGCCGCGCGGCGCGGGCCGCAACCAGCCGGACCUCAGUUCCCUCGUCGCCCACAUUGGGGGCCCCUCGGGGGCCCCCCCCGGCUCCAGGGAGCGGGAGCGGGAGCGCGAGCGGGACAGGGAGCGGGACAGGGACAGGGAGCGGGACAGGGACAGGGAGCGGGAGCGGAGGCACCGCAGGAGCCGCAGCAGGAGCAGGGAUAAGAGGAGGGACGACCGGGACAGAGAUCGUCGGAGAUGA